GCCUGCUCGCGCAGCCGCCGUCUCGUCUGCCCGCCGACGAAGCAUGGGCGUCCAGGGCUUCCAAGAGUUCCUGGAGAAGCGCUGUCCCGGGGCCGUGGUGCCCGUGGACCUUCUCAAACUCGCGCGCACGGUGUCGCGCCAGCAACAGCAGUACCAGCAUCGCCAGCUGCCACCUACAGCAGCCCUAGCGCCCGGGGCUCCACGCGUCGCCAGGGGCUCCGCUCCCCUGCAACCGCCGCUCCCACCCGCUGCCUUGGGUGCCUACUCCGGGGGCGCGGGGCCGACUCGGCACCAUCACCCCGCUCACCAUUUCCACCACCACGGCCAGGGGCAUUCCGGCCUGCACCCGCAGCCGCCGCCGCCGCCGCCCCCCCCGCCGCCCCCUCAGAUUCCCGGGGCCCGGGUGCUGGUAGACGCGGGCUCGGCGCUGCCGCGGCUUUAUGGCGGCUACCAGACUGAUUGGGUGUGUGGCGGCCAGUGGAACGCCAUGCUGGGCUACUUGUCAGCGCUAUGCCAGGCUUGUGCCUGUUCCGGCGGCGACGGCCUGGAGCUGGUGGUCAUGUUCCCCGGGGGCCUGGGCAAGGACCGGCUGGCUGAGUGGGGCCGUCGGUGCCAGACUGAGCGGCAGACAGCGCAGCUGAUCGUGGGACACGUGGGCAACAAGGGCACCCCUCCUCCACGGGCCUGGUUCCUGCCACCGGCCUGCCUGAGCCACUGCGUGAGGCUAGCACUCAUCCGCUUCCGGGUCAAGGUCUUUCAGAGCCUUGAAGACCACCAUUUGGAAGUGGUGGCUUUUUUCAGGGAAAAUGGCUUCCAUGGCCUUCUUGCCCAUGACUCCGAGUAUGCUCUCUACAAUAUUCCGUUUUACUACAGUUCCCAUGCUCUGAAGCUGAGCUGGAAUGGGAAGAACCUCACUACCAACCAGUUCCUGAUGCAGGAGGUGGCCAAGCAGCUGGGCCUGAAGCGGGUGAAUUUUCCCAUAUUUGCUGCGCUGCUAGGUAACCACAUUCUCCCAGAUGAGGACCUGGCUGCUUUUCACUGGAGCCUCUUGGGACCAGAACAUCCCCUUGCAUCACUUAAGGUCCGAGCUCAUCAGCUGGUUCUUCCUCCUUGUGAUGUGGUGAUCAAGGCUGUUUCCGAGUACGUUAGUUCCAUUAAAGACCCCUCUAACCUGGAUGUGGUUGGGAAGGAUGUUUUCAAACAGUCUCAGUCCAGGACGGAAGAUAAAAUAGAGCGAUUCAAGAAAGCAGUUGAGUACUAUUCAGUCACAACCAAACUCCCUUCGCUGCCAGUGGGUUCCUCCUCCUUUCUAGAUUUUCAUAAUAAUCGGAUUGUAAAUCCUCCCCUUCCACGAAGUCAAAUGUGCACUAUUUCUCCUGGGAAGCCAAUGUUUUCUCACCAUGUGCCCCAGAAAAUGAAAUAUCCACCACCAUUCCCACUGGGACCCAACUCUUCUCUUCUCUUCUCCCCCCAUGCUUUGGGGGAAUCCCAUGCUUUUUCUGAGGAUCCUAUGCUGCAGGACAGCCCCUUUGCCAAUUGGGCUGUCUCUUACGACUCCUCACCACAGUUUCCCAAUUACCUGACUUCCAAAGCCUCACCUCCUCUGGGACCAGACUCUUCCCACUCUUCUUCCUCUGAUGGUGAUGAGCCAAAUGGAGUCAGUUCUGAUCACUUCACAGAAACGUUUCAGCAGCAUCCUAGGUGGGAGGAUCCAAAUGGUGACAGAAGGUCCUGGGUACAGCCCAUUGUUGCUGGAGUUUCAGAUGCUACCCUCAGUGAUGGUGAGCCCCACAUCCCAUCUCUGCUUUCUAUGUCUACAAGGAACCACAUGGACAUCACCAUUCCGCCCUUACCUCCAGUAGCCCCAGAAGUCUUGCGGGUUGCUGAACACAGACACCGAAGAGGUCUGAUGUACCCGUAUAUCUACCAUGUCCUCACUAAGGGUGAGAUUAAGAUCCCUGUAUGUAUUGAGGAUGAGUGUAACAUGGAGCUGCCUCCAGCUGCUCUACUGUUCCGGUCAGCUCGUCAGUAUGUAUAUGGGGUCCUUUUCAGUCUGGCAGAGACACAGCGGAAAGUAGAACGCCUGGCCAUACGGCGACGGCUACCUGUGGAAGUUCCUUCAGUGAUCCUUAAAGAGUGGUCUGCCUAUAAAGGGAAGUCACCUCAAACACCUGAGCUGGUGCCUGCGCUGACGUUUCGGGAAUGGACUUGCCCAAACCUCAAGAAGCUCUGGCUAGGCAAAGCAGUUGAGGACAAGAACAGACGGAUGAGGGCUUUCCUGGCCUGUAUGAAGUCAGAUACACCCAGUAUGCUCAAUCCAGCUAAUGUCCCCACCCAUCUGCUGCUCAUGUGCUGCGUACUCCGGUACAUGAUUCAAUGGCCUGGUGGUCGAAUCCUGCAUCGCCAUGAGCUAGACACCUUCCUUGCACAGGCAGUAUCUGCCCAGCUUUAUGAACCAGAUCAACUUCAAGAACUCAAGAUUGAGAAACUCGAUGCCCGAGGGAUCCAGCUUGCUGCCCUCUUCAUGAGUGGGGUUGACACAGCUCUGUUUGCUAAUGAUGCCUGUGGCCAGCCAGUCCCUUGGGAGCACUGCUGCCCCUGGAUUUACUUCGAUGGCAAGCUAUUCCAGAGCAAGCUAAUUAAAGCAGGCCGAGAGCGAGUAUCCCUGAUUGAGCUCUGUGAUGGCCAGGCUGACCUGGCAACCAAAGUGGAAAAGAUGAGACAGAGUAUCCUGGAAGGAAUCAACAUGAACUAUCCACCACCUUCUGCUCUACUUCCAUCACCUACUUUUGUGCCUCCCAUGGUGCCCUCUCUCUAUCCUGUUUCACUUUAUUCUCGAGCCGUGAGCUCAAUGCCACCUCCCCCUCAAGGAAGGAACCGAGGGUUUGCAGGUCUCCAUCCAAUCCCACCCCAAGGAGGAAAACUGGAGAUUGCUGGGAUGGUUGUGGGCCAGUGGGCUGGCAGCAGAUCCUCCAGGGGCCGAGGCUCCUUUGGCAUGCAAGUGGUUUCUGUUGGUGGGCCGGGAAAGGGGCAUGGAAAAGAACAGACUGGUAGAGGAUCCAAAGGACCUAAAAAAGGAAAUAAACAAGGCAUUUCAGAUGGAGUUUCUAAAUCCCUGGAGCCUUAUCAAAGUCAGUCUUGCUCACAGAUAAAUGGAAACAAUGGCGCAUUGAUCAAGGAAGAGAAGAGUGAUCAUCAUCUUCCAGCUCCAUCACAGUGUGCCUUAUCCAGAGACAGCAGCAUGUGUAAUAAUGUUAACCGCUACUUCCCUGUGAAGAACGAGGAGAAGAGCCACUUGGGAGAGCAAAAGCUGGAAACUGUGGCACAACAGAAAGAGGAAUAAUAAGCUGCAGAUGGCUUUACCAGAUCAGGAAGAAGGGAAAACAUGUACUUAUCUGAUUUUAGGCCCAAGUUAGAGGAGGACAUAAAUGCUUACCAUAGAUUUAUCCAGGAUUUUGUUGGGAUGUUCUAUUCUAUCCAUCUUUUUCCCUUCCCUGUCUUUUUCUGGGCCUCCACACCUAGCGAUCUGCUUCUGAGGAAGAUCUGGUCAAAAAUGAAUGACAAUAGGACUGGCUCCUUUUGUCAAAUUCAAUAUAAAAUGCCAGUAUUCUCUUUACCUCCCCUGGGAGCCUAGUAAGGUAGUGAUUGUAAGAAAUUGGUGUCAUCACAUAUGAUCCUAUAUAGAAAAGUUCCGUCUUUGGUUUUCUGAGUCUUCAUCAUGAUACCCAUUUAUAAAACCCAUGGAGUAGUAGAGACAGCUGCCUAUGGCUUCCUAACUUGUUUUUGCUCUAUGAACUACUGAGGCCUGUGUCUAUAAUCAGUAUCCACCUCCUCACUCUUUUUCCCCAGUCACCAACCCCAGGAUUUUGUACCAUUGCCUCUAGCACUGGCCUGACAAUCAGAUAGGUAGAUGUUUUCAGGAAAGUGAAAUACUGUUGGUUAUUUUAUUUUAUUUUAUUUUAUUUUUUGUUUUAUUUUAUACAGUUAAAAAAAAAAACAAAAACUACCAAUGGCCUUUGUACUGGGGGAUUCAAGUGAGUCAGAAAAGUACUAGGCAGAUUUUUCCUGCCUCUGAACUAAUGCAUUGUUUGUAAAAUAGAAGAUGUGGUGCAGUUUGCCCACUCCCUGCUGCCCACACCCUAAAAGGGUGGGAAUCAAUGUAAUGAAACUGAGUACGAAAGGGAACUCAAAGGAGUGUGUGUGCGCGCGCACGCGUGCCUUUGUGUAUGGGUGUGUGCGUGGAUGUAUAUAUGAAUGCAUGUAUCUAUAUGCAUACACAUACCCUUUAUAUAAAGAGACAGAUCUAUUUAUCUAUACACAUUUUAUAUAUAAAUAUAUGUAUAUGUGUGUAUAUAUCUAUAUAUCUACAUAGAUAUAUAGAUAUAUUCAUGCAUGCAUACAUACAUACAUGGUGAUGUCCCAGAGGAUUUACUGAAUUGCCCAGAAACGCUUCCACUGCUAUGGAGUGGUGGGUUUCAAAAGACCACACUUUAAAAUUCUUACUAAGUCAUAGCCCAUCACAGUUAUGAGAAGAUGGGUUUCUCUAAAGCAGACAAAAUACUUUCCAGAGAUUGUCUGCUCAGAACAACAUUUGAACAAGCCAAUAUUUGGCUUGUCACAAGCUUACCUUGAACUGAGACCUCACAUCCCAUACGGUGAAAACAGGAGGUUGGAAUGGGAUUGGGAAGAUUUGGGCAUUUCCUUACGAAAGAGCAGCCUGGAUCUUAGAGAGAAGGGGUGGGAGGUAAUUACCAGAGCUUGCAGCCAAUUUGGAGGAAGAGUCAUCUGGAACUCCAGGAUCAAACUGCCCUCAGGCUAGAAUUGAUUGCCGUGAGUACCUGAAGAAGAGAGGACUAGCAUUGGAAAGAUGGGGUAGGGAAGUGUAAGGAAAUCCGCAACUUGAUUUUACAUGCCUAGAUUGUUUCAUUUGUUCAUCGACAUUUUGACUACUGGAUCUUUUCAUUUGCUUUGCAAGGAAGGCCUCAGGAACUCUGGCUUGGACCUUUAGCGAUAUAUUCUGUAAAGGUUCCUAGGACAAAGAGGCUAUUCCUUGCCAGAGAUACUCUUGAGAUGACCUUGCAUUUCCAGUGUCCCUCCUCAGCAGUCUCAGUCUGAGGGAUGGGAACACGGCUUGCUACAUAUUAGCACUGUGCCUUCAUUCAAGAAUUGAGGCUUUUGGCCUCACACACCUCCUUUUGGGCUUUGUGAUAUUCUUGCCAGAGAAGUAUCAUUUCUACAGGAAUUCACUUGACUAAACUUCCAGCAGGGUUCUCUUUCUUUUUGAAAAACCCCACGCACUUUCACCCACUGCAGGUCUUCGGUGAUUUCUUUCCAGACAACCAGAAGGCUGUUUCGUACUACCCACUUACAAUUAGUGCAUCAUUGAGAGAUUGAAAACAGCCUCAGGCUGUUUGAUCUUAGUCUGGCCCAAUUUAAGAGAACCUACAAUUUGCAGCAGGGAGAGAGCCCUAGAAUGCCUCUUCCCCUGCCCAGACAUUUCUUACACAAACCAAAGCAGGAUGACAAGAGUGCACACCUAGCCAGAUAUAACCAGGAACAAAGUGUACAAAAGCCUCCUCUUUGGAAUCGGGUUUCUAAUUUGGUCCCCCCUCCUCUUGGACCUGCCCAACCUUUCACAACAUCCUGAAGGUUAGGACUGCUAUACCCAGCAAGAGAGGGAUUUAGUAGCGAACUUACAUGGCUUGGAAAUUUCUUUCUGGAGCAGCCGAGGGAGGAAUCCUUAGGAGCUCAAAAAGUAACCAGUCACUGAGCUGUGUUAAAUUAAAUCUGUCUAGAUCUCCAUUUUCUAAUAGGGAGUACUUGGAGUUAUGUGGAAAAGUAUUUUCUUCAGUUGCUGUUUCUAUGUAUCUUGAAUCUAUUUGAUACAAUCAAAUGACAGUAUUGUUAACUCUCACAGCAUUAAGAUUUCUUAUUUUGUAGGCAUUCACUGUGAGAAGUACAAUUGCUGCUUUGACAGGGGUGAUUCCAGUUUGUCAAAAGGCUUGCUUUUCUCCCUUCCACAGACCUCCACUUUCUCCUAGCCUGGCCCAGGGUGAAACAAGUGGUUCACUUCCAACCUUGAUUUUUAUUUAGAUUCAGUAUUUUGGGUUUGGAAGAUUAUAAAAAUGAACCAUAACGGGCCAUAUUCAUAUAUUUUAAUUUAUCUGCCAAAAUACACAAUUUAGAAGCCAAAAAGACUUAGGUGUUCAUUACUGGGAGAUGAAUUUUUCUUUUUUUUUAAGAUUUUAUUUAUUUUUAGACAAAGGGGAAUGGAGGGAGAGAAACAUCAAUGUGUGGUUGCCUCUCGCAUGUCCCCUUGUGGGGACCUGGCCCACAACCCAGGCAUGUGCCCUGACUGGGAAUUGAACUGGCGACCUUUUCGUUCGCAGGCUGGCACUCAGUCCACUGAGCCACACUAGCCAGGGCCAGGAAAUGAUUUUUUUCUAAUGGAGGACAAACUGGUGAAGGCAGAGUUGAUCUUUGCCAUGAGUACCACUUGAAGAGACUGUCAUCCUUCACUUGAGGUUCCAUUUCUGACAAUAAUGUGGCCUCUCUCUAAGAAAGUCAUAUAGGAACCGAAGAAAUGAUCCCUUUACCUUGUAGGGCCACAAGCAAAAGCCCCCUGGUUGUAUAUAGACACUGAUCCCCAAGGACUUGCAGUUCUUGAUUUCUGCUGAUGUGCCUUGGGAUCAACCUGUGACUCCCGCCCUUAUUCAGUGGCCAGUCUGGUCUGGACCAGGUCUGGAAAACUUCUGCUCAGUUGCGUCAUUUCAUUCUGAGCCCAUAGGACUUCGGGCAGACUUUAAAGCCCAAGAAAUGGCAUGCACGUUAUCUAGUGACAUUUGAUUUUUUUUGUCUCCAUCUUGAAUUUCUGGCAUUGUUGGCCAAGUCACAUUAACUUUUUUUUGAUCACUGAGAAAAACAGCCAGACAAGGCAUUAGGGAAGAUGGUUAAGGUGGGGAGAGGAGGAAUGCUUAUGUAGGGUAGAAAGAAUGUGGAAGUCACUGCUUGGUUAUAGUGGUCCAGUCCAUUCGAACCAUAGAAGGCUCCGGGUGAGCAUGUCAGUGCUACCUUUUGAGCCUCUAAGACGCCCCUCCUUUGAAAUGACAAUACAAGUAAACAA